GAAACAUUAUUUUAUGUUAUGUGUAAAUUAUAUGUUCUAACAAGUAUAUGUCAGUACACAAAUAAAGCCCGCGUAAAAAUAAUAUAUGUAGCUAACCGUGUACAACCAGAAUUACAAAAUUUACAACAAUUCACCAACGGAUGUAAGGGCGACAUCUAUGCUUGGAGCUUUGAAGAUUACUCUAUUUAAGUACAUUCUCACGAAUAGAUGUCACCGUUGCAGGAAACAGCUGAUUUUAACCUUUGUUUUGUCAUUUCCUUAUCACAGCAGUUUUUGUAAAGUUUUCCAUCAUCUGUUUACUAUCGAAGUUAAAAUUAUUUUCCGAAAUUUGUUCUAAUAAAUGAUAACGCUAUAUCUGUGUCUCUAUGCUACGAGCAAUGUCGGAGGUUAAUGUUAAAGCAGGCAUUGAGUGCAUAUUGAAACGCAUCGAAGAGGCAUAUGCUCGUCGGCCCGCGGAGCAUGUGAAAAUGGCUAAGCCACUGCUGGUAGCCGUCAGCAAAACAAAGCCGGUUGAAAUGAUAAUUGAAGCAUAUAAGGCUGGUCAACGUCAUUUCGGUGAGAACUACGUGCAAGAGCUGGUGGAAAAGGCACAGCAUCCAGACAUUUUGCAACAUUGUCCGGAAAUCAAAUGGCAUUUUAUUGGUCAUCUGCAAAAUAAUAAAAUUAAUAAAAUACUAAAACUUCCAAAUCUGUACAUGAUUCAAACUGUCGACAGCGAAAAGCUUGCCACUGGUUUAGAUUCUGCGUGGGGGAAAAUACAUGGUGACAAUAAAACUCCUCUAUCUGUUCUUAUACAAGUCAAUACAAGUGGUGAAGAAGCAAAGAACGGCGUGCAACCCAGUGAGACCCCUGCGCUUUUCAAAUAUAUCCAUAAUAAUUUAAAAAACCUUAAAUUAGAAGGUCUUAUGACAAUUGGAGCAUUUGGCUUUGACUAUACGAGUGGUCCAAAUCCAGAUUUUAUCUCAUUGAUGAAUGUACAUCGCCUAAUUUUCGAAGAAAAUGCCCUUGAACCACAUGCCGUGCA